CAGUCGUACUUUGCCCACAGAUUCUGUCCUGUGAGUUCCCCGCGUGAUGCACAGAGAAUUGUCUCUAGGCAUUUGUCAAUCGAGUGAGCAACACGCUUUUCAAAGUGUGUAGGUUGGGACGCGGACAGAGGAAGAAGAAAUGGAAGUGAAGAGCAGUUUGAGGAGGGCCCAGUCUCUCAGAAGUGUUUCCACUGAUCAUUUCGUGUCCUGGACAGAAACUGGACUCAGAGACAAGAGGAAGUCUGUCUCUCAGCUUAUGUUACACUACCAAAACUCUCCUGGAAGAAAAACAAAAGUUGAUUCAGAGGAUAUCAAGCAUGAGGAGAGCAUGCAGAUUGCACCAAUUCCUGUCAGUGAGAAUGUCGGCAGAGUUGAGACACAAGUGAAGAAGUCUGAUGUCAAAGUGAAGAAGUCUGAUGUUGAGACACAAGUGAAGACGACUGAUGUCAAAGAGAAGUCCAGAGUCUCUCAUCUCUCCCGCAGUAAGUCUAUGGGGAGCCUGCCUCAGCACAGACCUACGGGCACCACAGCACUCAGGGCGCUCUUUGAGUCAAAGGUCACCACUCAGCCUAAGUCCAAGACGGCACCUUGGUCAGUGGGUGCUGAGAAAGCCAAGAACACUACUCUUCCAAUCACUCUUCCCAAUAAGAAGGAUGCUGAGGACAUAAAGCCCCAAACAGAGGCAGAGGUUAAUAAAAGCCACGAUGAACCAGAGAAAUGGACCAAAGAGGUUCAAGUGAUCACAAAGAGUGAGAGAACAAAACAGACAAUAACCCGAUCUGAUCGAAGAAAGACCAUUUCUGGCAUUUAUAGUGAAAAAAUAACAACUCCAGAUGAGGAUAAAAGAAGGUCGGUCGGAGACUUCAGAGACAACUCGGCUCUCUACGAACUGGAGAAACCCUCUAUUUCAGUCAAAGCAUUGUCUGCACUAUAUCUGUCAAAAGUGGCAGCUGCAGAACCAGCAGGAAACCUCUUGAAACCAUAUCCCACUUCUCCAACUGGAAAAAGGCCAAAAGCAAGCAAGUUUCAGCCAGCAGCUCAAGAAACAUGCUCAGCCUGUCUGAAACCAGUUUACCCAAUGGAAAGAAUGGCAGCUGAUAAACUCAUUUUUCACAAAACCUGUUUCUGCUGCAAGCACUGCAAAAAGAAACUGAGCCAUCAAAGCUAUGCGCCUCUCUACGGGGAAUUCUACUGUGUUUUCCACUAUCAGCAGCUUUUCAGAAGGAAGGGCAACUAUGACGAGGGUUUCGGCCGUCAACAGCAUAAAGACCGUUGGCUACAGAGGAAUGGCACUGACGUCAUUUAAAACCACUGAACAAGUAUAUGGGCCGUAACCAGCAGAUGGUCUUAUGUAGGCAAAUACGAUUUUCUGGUCUUUUGUCUCUUGUGAUUAUGCAUCAACACGUUUAAAUCAAAUAAGGAUUUAAUAUUAAAGUAACAUGAUUUCACAAAGCAGUUUAUGUCUAUAAAUCAGUAUUCUAUUCUAAAAUGUUUAUGUUCUUAUCUUUGAGACCCUGAUGUUGGUGUGUUUUAUGACAUCUUAAGAUCAUUAAAACUAAUAUUGUACAUACUGACUGAUGUAUCUCUAUAAUUUUAGAAACAAAUGUGUCAAAAACAUGGAUAUGUCUGGCAUAAAAAUCAAAUAUGAGUAUUUGUACAUAGUUUUUAGCCGCUGUUUCACAAUUAAAUUACUGAACUUAUAAAUAAAUGACCAAAUUAUGUCUUUAUUAAUGGCUUUCUAGUUUUUUGUAGCAUCAGUCUGAAAA